AUGAUUAAGGCAAUUCUCAUCUGUGUCUUAUUAUUAUCAGUUACCGCAGGACAUGUAAGAAAAACACACAAAGCAGUUCAUAAUAAAAAAGCUAGAACCUUUAAUAGUGCUUUCUUUGAAUUUUAGAAUUUGGGCAAUCAAGAUUAUCAUUUGAGUGCAAAAGAAGCCUAACAUUGGGCCCAAAUUACAACAGACGUAGAGAGUUCAACCAAAAAACACACAUCAUUCACAGAAACUCAUUCUGAAUAUGUUCCAGGAAUUGUCGGUGAAGUAGUGGAUCUUUCAAAUAAUGCCGGUGUUAUUUCCUAUACAGCCACAGAUAUUAACGGAAAUAUUCUUUAAUCUGAAUCAGGAAACGAUUUGGCUAGUAAAAUGAAUGCAGCCUAUCUUGAAGUGACUUCUAAAAUUUAGGAUUCAACAACAUAAAAUCAAUGAGAUUUAUACAUAUAAACAAAAAUAUAAAAUAAGUUUUCA